AUGAAUAAUAUGGAAACUGAACCAUUAUUUCCUAAAGAACAAAUUAUCCCUACAAUUCAAAUCUCCGAGUCACAGGGUCAAACAACAAAUAUUGUGGAAAGAAGGAAAAGUAAAGGGGUCAGGACGAAAAGAUCAAAAAGUGUUACAGAACUGGGUGUUGAUGAUUCAGCUAGUGAAGGAGGUUCCACCGACGACGGAAAACUUGUUUCUUCAAAAAUUUUUAGAAGUACCAAUGUGAAAAAAGAGAGCUUUGAUGAUUUCAUAAAGAGGCGUAGGAAUAUUCUAGAAAAACAGAGAUCCACUAUUUCCUUAUACACUUCUCCAAUACUCGUCAUGACCUAUUUUUUAGCAUAUAUCACUUAUCAAAUAAAAACAUUUAUUGAAUAUGCUCAAUCAAGAAAGUGGAUUCUAAUAUCUAUACCGGCAUUGGGAAUAUUAAUUCAAUCUUCAUUAUUAGUUGAAGGAUCUCAUCAACAAAUAUUAUAUCGUCUCCAAACAUUAAUAUUUUGGUAUUGUUAUUGGAUCGGAUUAGGAAUCGCGUCAUCAAUAGGUCUUGGUACUGGUUUACAUACAUUUGUUUUAUUCUUGGGACCUCACAUUGCUGAAGUAACUUGGGCGGCUUAUAAAUGUGGAAAUCUCGAUUUUGAAACCCUUGGUCCAAAUAGGUUUCGCUGUCAACCUACCGUAGCAUCAUCCGUUACUAUCUCACUUUUAAAUAUUUUUAAAAAAGUUCAAUGGGAGUCUUUUUUUUGGGGAUUCGGUACUGCUUUAGGGGAAUUGCCACCUUAUUUUGUUGCCAGGGCUGCUGCUCUAUCAGGAAGUCGAAGCGAAGAGUUAGAACAAAUUGAUACUUUAUUAGAAAAGUCCCCCGAAAGUAUAUCUUAUAAAGAACGCAUUCUGAUAUCGAUUCAUAGAUUUAUGCGAAGACUGGGAUUUGUUGGAAUAUUUAUUUUUGCUUCGAUUCCGAACCCAUUAUUUGAUUUAGCAGGUAUCAUAUGUGGCCAAUUUCUGGUUCCAUUUUCAACAUUUUUUGGUGCGACUUUUCUGGGUAAAGCAGUUGUAAAGUCUUCCAUUCAGAGCAUUUUUGUAAUUUUAUUGUUCUCUCGAGAUACGAUCAGUACAAUUCUACAGAUUACACACCAAUACAUUCCAUAUAUACAUGAUAAACUUCAAACUGUUGUUCAACGACAAACAAAAAUGUUAAGACGAGAAGAAGGUGUCGAUGCUCCUGAUACGGGACCAACUUUGGCUAUUUCACAUCUCAAACGAGUACAUGAUCAAGAAAUUGAAGCCUUAGAGAAAAAGGCAAAGGAUAGUAAAUUUGAAGAUACAUCUUCAAUGUCUAGAGGUAUUUUUGGUAGAGGUGGUAGGGGAUAUCUAAGUGACUAG